AUGAGCGGAGCCCAGAGACAGAAGUAUACCUUAGGAUUCAUACGGUCGGACACGAACCACGUGCUCCUUUUGAACCGGCAGAAGGCCCCAUGGAUGGGCCGAUGGAACGGCGUGGGCGGGAAGCUAGAUGCAGGCGAGAGCCCGUACGAGUGCAUUGUGCGGGAGACGAUGGAGGAAACGGGCCUCAUGUUGCCCCAGUAUGAGGACCGCGGGGUGAUGCGCUGGGUGCGUGACGGCAAGGAGUGCGGAGGGGUCCACGUCUUCACGGCCGAGGUGCUGGAGGAGGAGAUGCAGCAGUACCCGACGCCGCGGCGCCACUGCCACGAGGGCAUAUUGGACUGGAAGGCCAUGGAGUGGGUCUUGCACGAGGACAACAGCGGGGUGGUGGACAACGUGCAGAGGAUGUUGGUGGACUUGUUCGGCGCCGGGCCGCACGCGCGGUGGGUGUCCCGCUACGAGGGGCUGCAGUUGGUGAGCUGCACCUACAACGGGGCAGGCAGGAGAGGAGAAGUCUAA